UAUAGCUGUAACACUGAGUCCUGCUUGUACCGAAUACCACGCUUCAAACACGACCAAAUAAUCGACAACAGACACGAAAUGCGACCGAUAACUCGCGGGCUGAGUGUUUGAUUUACGAUCAUAGGACGCAACAACUCGAACAGCAGUUAGACAAUUUCGUAACGCGCAUGCGCGAAAUCGGUGCAUCCCUUCAACAAAGUUAAAAUUGGCCAAAAUAAAGACGUGUCGGUGCGUCGCAACGGCCGCAAAAAGAUCGACAACAUCGAGGACUGUCCCCGCAUUUUGCGUCGGGCACGUGGGUCUCCGGUGUGAACAGAGAUAUUAGCUUGAAUCUUAGAGCCUCCAAUUGACGGUCCAGCAAACAUCGGGGAAUAUUCUUGAAGACGGAAGUGAGCGCUGUAGUUUUUCCCAAUCAAGGCUGUGGACGCUUCGCAUGCAUGUCAGUUUUUGAUUGUCUACUUACGUGUGUUGUCUAUGCCUGCGAGUUUUUCCCGAAGGUGGGUCAGAGCUUUCAUCUGCCUCCGAGACUGGCGUCCGCCUGCGGCAUGGCAGCGGCGGCAGAGGAGCCGGAGGACGGCGGCGCACGGGGAACGGUAACAGGUGACGGGGAACCUGAGGAGGCCGCGGAGUUCACCUGCCCGGCCUACUGCUCGGAGCUCUCCCGGCGGCAGAACGAGCAGAGGAAGGCGGGGCUGUUCUGCGACUUGACGCUGGUCUUCGGCUCCGGUGGGGCGUCCGGGGAGAGGAACCAAACCCUCACCGCCCACCGCUCCGUUUUGUCCGCGGCGUCGCACUACUUCACGCUGCUGCUGGGCGGACAGUUUUCCGAGUCUCUGUCGGGGCGAGUGGAGCUGAGGGAGUGGAGCUCGGAAAGCGGACCGGACCCCGAGACUGUGAGGAGUGUCGUGCAGUUCAUGUACACGGGGGAGAUCACGGUGACCACCGCAAAUGUGCAUGAAGUGUUGGAACUUGCUGACAGGUUCCUGUUGGUGCAGCUAAAGAACUUUUGUGGAGAGUUUCUGAUGAAGAAGUUGAGCCUGUCCAACUGUGUAGCCGUGCACAGCCUCGCCCACAUGUACACCCUGGACCAGCUGGCCCUGGGAGCCGCCGAGACGAUUAGAAGAAACUUCCACAAAGUCAUCCGCAGUGAGGAAUUCUACGCGCUGCCAUUUCACCUGGUGCGAGACUGGCUGUCGGACUCAGAAAUCACUGUGGAUUCUGAACAGGAGUUGUUUGAGACCAUUGUAAAAUGGGUGCACCAAAACACAGAGGAGCGAGAGAAGCAUUUCGAGGAGCUGUUCAGGCUUUUGAGGCUGCCACAGAUUGCUCCUACCGUCCUGACACGGGUGGUGAGGAAGGAGCCCUUAGUGGCAAGCCGUGCAUCUUGUCAGAAGCUGGUGUCUGAAACCCUUGAGGUCCAUGCUGUCCACUUUGAGAGCCUCAAGUCAGCUGACUUAGAGCUCUGUGCCUCCUACAUGGCAGCGAUCCAGCCACGUUUUGGACAGAACAUGGAUGUAAUCAUGGUGGUGGGUGGUGUUUCAGAAGGUGGAGAGUAUUUGAGCGAGUGUGUGGGCUACUUUGUUGCUGAGGACCGUUGGGUCAACCUGCCACACAUUCACAACCACCUUGACGGACAUGCCAUCGCAGUCACUGACAGCCAUGUCUAUGUGGCAGGCUCCAUGGAGCCAGGCUUCGCCAAGGUGGUUGAGCGCUACAACCCCAACCUCAACAGCUGGGAGCAGGUCAACAGCCUGACCUCCCGCAAGCAUUCCUUCGGCCUCACAUGCGUCAAAGAUGUACUCUACAGCAUCGGUGGUCACGGCAACUUCAGUCCAGGCUUUAAGGAUGUUGCCGUCUACGAGCCUGAGCAGGACGAGUGGCACAAUCUUGAGCCAGCACCAACAAUACUUAGAGAUGUAAAAACAGUCAGCGUGGAGGACCGCUACGUGUAUGUGAUGGCCAGGACCCCUGUAGACGUGGACAAUGAGGACGGACUGAGCACUGUGACCACCUGCUAUGAUACAGAGAGUCACAAGUGGCAGGACGUGGACUCCUUACCGCUCAUCGAUAACUACUGUAUUUUUCAAAUGGCUGUUGCAUCCAACAACUUCUACCACACAGCUUCCUGUUGCCCCAAGAACUAUAAGUUAACAGUUGAGGCCUCUCAGCAGAAAAUAAGCAGAAACAUCUCAAACGACAUCCUCGACAGCCUCCCCCCAGAGGUCCUUGGUAUGGAAGGUGCUGCCAUUUGCUACCUGGGUGACGACAUAUUCAUCAUUGGUGGGUGGAGGAACAGCAGCAACAUGGACAAGCAGUACCGCAAGGAGGUCUACCGUUACUGUGCUGAGAGGAAGCGUUGGACGCUGCUGCCACCCUUACCUCAGCCUCGCUGCCGAGCCGCAGCCUGCCACGUUCGCAUCCCGUACCAGUAUCUUUACGGCUGCCAGCGCUACCCCAUGCCCCAGAACUUGGCUCGCCAGCGAGACCGCAUGCAGCAGAUGCAGCAGCUCCAUCGACGUACCCUCACUCUGCGGAGACAGCUGCAGUCUCAGAUUGAAUGUUGAGAUCGAACCUGACGAUCUGCCCAGUCUAGUUAGCACUUCAUCUGCUGAUAAAUGCCUUGUUGUUGUAGCAAGACUUCUGUCUUGUUUUUUGCCUUUUAUUGAGGUGAAUAGUCUGCAUGGGUUAACCUGGGCCUAAAGAUUACAAUGUUAAAAGUGCAAAUAAAGAAAAAAAAUAAGAAUUAGCCAGACAGGUUGGUAAGUUAACAGUCUUGCAUAAUCAUUUUGGCCUCGCGUCGUUAGCUUACGCCUUACUUUCCUUCUGCUAGUAAAUGAUACUGUGAUUACUGUGACAUUUUCUGAAAAGAUUGUUGAUUUCACUGCUAAACAACUGAGCGUUUCCUAUUAUGUGUGGUCUGUCUUAACACCUAAGAGUAAGUGGUGUAAGUAUUUGUUGUGGUGCAAGUUAAACUAAAACUGAGGGUUAUCAGUGAAGCUUUUCCUGUGAAAUCUGGUUUAGUGUUGAGAUGUAAACUUAGCAAAUGAAACGAUGUCUACAUUUAUUGUGAUGUGGGUUAGAAUUAAAUUGCACUUAAAUUAUCAGUGUGGCGGCAACGAACAUACUGUAACCAGCUACCAGCUGAGAAAAGAAACUUUUUACUGCUCUUGCUACCUUCAUCUAAAAUCUACAUUCUUUUUACACCAUGAUUUUCCUUUUUUUUUUUUUUGCACUGUAAGGAUUGAAAUAUCUGGUUGAUUGUAUUAAGUAUGUUUUGU